AUGGAGGUGCUCGCCGGAGGAGGCCGCCUGCAUGCGGUUCUUCUUCUUGUCGGGGCCGCCCUUCUUCUUGUUGCAUCGGCGGGCGGCGCGGAGGCGUGGGCGCACCACGGCGCCGCCGGCGCCAGGGCCGGCGCCGAGCGGCGGUACCGGGAUCUCGCGGCGGGCAGGAUGGAGAGCGUCAGAUCCUCCUUCGGCAAGGCCAGGCGGGGGCUCGCAACGUCCUCGGCGGGCUCGCGGGUGUACCACGUGACGGACUACGGCGCCGACCCCACCGGCGCGGCGGACGCCACGGCGGCCAUCAAGAAGGCCAUCGCCGACGCCUUCAGCCCCCCCUCCAACGCCACCAUGACCGCCGGCAUCCCCGACCUCGGCGGCGCCGAGAUCCACCUCGACGGCGGCACCUACCUCGUCAACGGCCCGCUCACCCUGCCGGCCUCCGGCGGCGGCAACUUCAAGAUCCACAGCGGCUCGCUGCGGGCGUCGGCGGAGUUCCCGGCGGACCGGUACCUGAUCGAGCUCUCGGCGGGCUCCUCCUCCUCGGGCUACCACUACGAGUACGCGACGCUGCGGGACCUGAUGCUGGACUGCGGCUACCGGGGCGGCGGCGUGGCGGUGGUGGACUCGCUGCGCGUCGCCGUCGACAACUGCUACAUCACCGGCUUCGAGACGGAGGGCAUCGCGGUGCGCGGGGGCCACGAGACCUACAUCCGCAACACCUUCCUGGGGCAGCACAUGACCGCCGGCACCGACCCGGGGGAGCGCGCCUUCGGCGGCACGGCCAUCCGGCUCGACGGCAACGACAACUCCGUCUCCGACGUGGUCGUCUUCUCGGCCGCCACCGGGAUCAUGGUCACCGGCGGCGCCAACACCAUCUCCGGCGUGCACUGCUACAACAAGGCCACCGGGUUCGGCGGCACCGGCAUCCACCUCAGGGUGCCGGGGCUCACGCAGACGUGGCUCACCAACUGCUACAUGGACUACACCAGCAUCGUGGCCGAGGACCCCGUGCUGCUGCACGUGUCGAGCUCCUUCUUCCUCGGCGACGCCAACGUCGUGCUCAAGGCGGUCAACGGCGUCGCCCGCGGCGUGCAGAUCACCGGCAACAUGUUCAACGGGCGGGGCAAGGGCGUGGACAUCGUGCAGCUGGACGGGGAGUUCGGGACGGUGGAGCAGGUGUACGUGCAGCAGAACUCCGCCAUGGGGAUGAACGUCAAGGCGACCACGGCGCGCGGCUCCGCCGAGGGCAACGGCAGCUCCUGGACGGUGGACUUCGCGCCGGUGCUGCUGUUCCCGAACCGGAUCGGGCACGUGCAGUACUCGCUCGUCGCCGGCGACGCGUUCCCCGGGCACACGCUCAGGAACAUCUCCGGCAACCAGGUCGUCGUGGCCACCGACAAGGCCGUGUCCGCCACCGUGCACGUGCUCGUCGACCAGAACAGCAACUGA